CAAAUUCCCUUUCAAUUCCAUUUUCGUAUUUAUUAAUAAUUAUUCCCAAAAUCUCUGAUUUAAAUUAUCAUAAAAUCUGAUUUAAUUUUUUUUUUUUCGUGUUGAGAUGGAAUUUUCGUCCGGAUCGAAGGAUCGAUUUCAUUACAAAUUGUUCGUUGAUUUCAGGUGGAUAUGAUAAUAAAGAGUAUAUUCAGGAGAUACGAGAGGUGGAAUCCAGUGCAUCCAACAUCCGGAGCCUUUUGGGGGAUUGGAUUAGGGAUUGGUUGCGGUGUAGGGUGGGGCCCGGGUUUUGGCCCCGAAGUAAUCGGUUACGUCGGAGCCGGUUGCGGUGCCGGAUUUAGCAUCGGAAUCACUUUCCUCGGCCUCGGCAUUGGUCUUCCAGCCAAUUACCUCUUACAUGCCCCCCAUAACGCUUUUAUGGUUACGAGUAGAGGUGCAUUAGACGUUGCUCGAGGUAGAGGUUUACUUCGUGCAGGUGAUAGCUGGGGUGAAUUUGGAUCUCGAGUCUCUGAUAUACGAACAAAUCUAUGCUCUUCGUUUUCCAGCUUCGAGAUUGAAAGUUGGAAAAUAGAUUUGCGGGACAUAAGAAGUAUGUUGGUUGCGAAUGCUAAGCAUGUCAAUGAUCGUUUACAGAGACUCCGAGAGCACUUAUUUACAAAUAACGGUCCGAAGAAUUGACGAACAUGGCGUGGAUUGUAAUAUCGAGACUGAUCCCGUGAGCUAAAAUCCUCGUUUUUUUUCUUCUUCGUUUUUCUGUAAUUAUGAGAAGAAAAAAGGUAUCUAUCUUCUUCAAUUUCUGAUCUUGUUGAAGUAGUUUUCUGCAGAUGAUGUUAUAAUUGACUAAUUGUAAAUUUGUGUAAUUACAGUUUCCAAUUUUUGAGGUAUCUGCAGUUAUAGUGUAAGCCUCACUCAAA